AUCACACUUCUAGUGACAUCUACGCAACGAUGAGGUGAAGCGGUUGUUUUCGUCUCCAUGGUUUUAAGUAGCCGCCUGUGAUUCGAGGCAAUAAAGCCGCUGUUACAUCGUAAUCACCGAGGUGUCCCCGGCCUGCAGCGGAUCCGUUUCUCGCUGGACUAACUUCCACACGGAGAGAGAUUCACUUCAUGCUCGUUGCGUUGAGUUCAUCGCCAUGUUAUCAUCUGUUCCCACCAGGCUCAUUGCGCGAAGGUCGCGCAGCCUGUCGCCGUGCAGCCGCGUGCUCAAGACCAGCGCAGGCGGCGCCGCGUGCCAGGCCGUCCGCCAGACACCGGUGGAGAUCAACCGCAACCCCAUCGUGUCCACCUCCCGAGUCUCCAGAAGGGGGAUUUUAGCUGAAGAGACCACUGCUACCAGUGUAACCCCCUCGGUGCAGUACCACCAUAUCGCCCCUAGAUGGCUGUCCAACCUGGAGAACCGCCGCGGCUCGUGGGCGGCGCUCGCCAGCAGAGGGCGCAACAAUAACCAGUUCUGGGAGGAGAGCGGGCAAAGCGGUGGUGGUGGUGGUGGUGGUGGUGGUGGUGGGGGGAGCCAGGGGACAGGUGGAGGAGCCAGCCGGGCAGGAGCGACCUCUAUCGGGCUGCUGUCUGCAGCAGCAGUGGCCUUCUGCCUGAAAAAAGAUUCUGAUAACAAGGGCGAUGCUCUUCUGGAGGCAGCGAGGUCAAAUAACUCUCAAGAUGUGGCCAGGCUGGUCGAAGAGGGGGUCGACCCUAACCACCGCCACCGUCUAGGCUGGACCGCUCUCAUGGUGGCUGCCAUGAACCGACAGCACAGCGUGAUAAAGGUUCUGCUGGAAGCCGGUGCCGACCCAAACACCGGCGAUCACUUCAACAACGUUUACGACACUUCACGAGAGAAAGGCAUCCACUCACUGGAAGUUCUUGUGUCCAGAGAGGAUGAAUUCAGCAGCCGGCUCAGCAGCAGGGCUGGCUUCCGUGGUUGCACAGCACUUCACUACGCCACACUAGCUGAUGACCCACGCACUGUCCGCAUGCUGCUGGAGGCCGGUGCCAACCCCCUGCAGAGCAAUGGUUUGGGACACACAGCGCGGGCCUAUGCUAAAGAGGGAGAAGCAAGCACGGUACUGCAGGAGUUUGAGGGCAAGUUCCAGGAGGUGCAGGCUCGGCGGGAGGCGGAGGAGAGGCGGAGGUUCCCCCUGGAGAGGAGGCUGAAGGAGUACAUCAUCGGACAGGAGGGAGCCAUCAAUACUGUGGCCUCAGCCAUCAGGAGGAAGGAGAAUGGUUGGUACGACGAAGAGCAUCCUCUUGUAUUCCUCUUCCUCGGCUCAUCAGGAAUCGGAAAGACAGAGUUGGCCAAACAGGUGGCUCGCUACAUGCACAAGGACGUCAAGAAGGGUUUCAUCCGUAUGGACAUGUCCGAGUUCCAGGAAAAACACGAGGUGGCAAAGUUCAUUGGCUCCCCGCCGGGAUACGUGGGACAUGAGGAAGGGGGUCAGCUGACCAAGCUUUUGAAGGCGUGUCCCAACGCUGUUGUCCUGUUUGACGAAGUAGACAAAGCCCACCCUGAUGUUCUUACUAUCAUGCUGCAGCUCUUUGAUGAGGGUCGCCUCACAGAUGGUAAGGGGAAGACCAUUGAAUGUAAAGACGCCAUCUUCAUCAUGACGUCGAACAUUGCAAGUGAUGAAAUCGCCCAGCACGCACUGCAGCUUCGCGAGGAAGCCGAGGUGGUCAGCCGCAGAAAGCUGGCCGACAACCUCGAGGAAGUACAGAAAGGCGAUGACGUCAAAAUCUCCCGACAGUUUAAAGAAUCUGUGAUUCGACCGAUCUUGAAGGCUCAUUAUCGGAGGGACGAGUUUCUGGGUCGGAUCAAUGAAAUCGUCUACUUCCUGCCAUUCUGUCACUCCGAGCUCCUGCAGCUGGUCAGCAAAGAGCUCAACUUCUGGGCCAAGAAGGCCAAACAGCGCCAUGGCAUAAACCUUCAGUGGGAGCGCCCGGUUCUGGACCUGUUAGCGGGCGGGUACAACAUGCAUUACGGUGCACGCUCCAUCAAACAUGAGGUUGAGCGGCGGGUCGUCAACCAGUUAGCGGCAGCCUACGAGCAGGAACUGCUGCCCAAAGGCUGCACCCUGCGUCUGACCGUCCAAUCAGAGGACCGGGAGGAGCGGAGCGCGCCCAGUCUGCGCCUCGAGGUGGUCGGAGAGGACAGCACAUCGAGAACACUCGACAUCCGUCCACCGCUUAGCCCUGAUCACUAGCAGAGGAUUUAUCCAGAUAUGUAUGCAGACAUGUACACUUUCAUCACACACAACAUCAUCAUCAUCAUCUUAGUGUCAGGAGGAAGGAUGGUUCUUGAUGGAUGUUACCAAUAAAAGUACCUCUGAUAAAACCCA